AUGGCUCUGAUCUCGAUUGCGGACCUCGUGGCCGCUCUUCCCUCGGAAGAUUCUUGGGGUCCUUCUACUUCAGGUGACAACAUGCUCAAUGGCGUUCCUUAUGCUCCUUUCUCAAAGGGCGAUAAGCUGGGCCGCAUGGCCGACUGGACUGCCGAGUCAAAGGACCGUGAUCGUGGGGGUCGCCAGCAGUACAGAGGCAACUUCAGAGACCAGCAGGUGUAUGGCUCCGGAUCCACCAGCCUUUUCACCAUCCAGGCUGCUGAGGAUGAAUCCUCUUUCUCCGUUGUGGACAACACUCGCACUUCCACCAAGCGUACAUUCGGUCGUGGCGGCGGUACCGUCUUCCGUGGCCGUGGAGGUCAACGGGGCGGUGUCAACCAACGUGGCGGCCGUGGGGGCUUCCAGCGCGCCGGGGCUGGCCGUGGCCAGGACCGCUACAACGAUAACCGCGGUGGCCGGGGCAACCGUGGCCGUCGCUUUGGCUGGAAGGACUGGGACAAGCCCCAGCGCACUCGUGAGCCCUCGGUCAACGUUCGCCCUGACUGGCAGAUGCUGGAGGAGGUUGACUUCAGCCGUUUGUCCAAGUUGAGCCUUGAUGCUCCGGAAGGCGAGGAUCUCGAUUCCUACGGUUUCCUCCACUACUAUGACCGUUCCUACGAUAAGGCUCCUGUCAAGAAUGCCGAACGUAGAUUGCAAUCUCUUGACCGCGCGGCUUACAAUGUCACCACCACUCAGGAUCCCGUCAUCCAAGAGUUGGCCGAAAAGAACGAGGCCACUGUCUUCGCUACAUCCGACAUUCUUUCCAUGCUCAUGUGCGCUACUCGGAGUGUAUAUUCUUGGGAUAUUGUCAUCGUUCAUCAGGGCGACAAGAUCUUCCUGGACAAGCGGCCUGGCGCUUCGAUCGAUCUUGUUACCGUCAACGAGAACGCCCAGGAUGCCCCUCUCGAGGCAGCGGAGGCCACUGUUAUCACCCACAACUUCGCUAUGCAGGCUGUGACCGAGUCUGAGCAGGCCAAGGUCACUUUCGCUCAUCCCAACCCCUUCUACAACGAGGCUGAGGAGACUGAGCCUCUGGCUUCCAAGGGCUACAAGUACCGCCGGUUCGAUAUUGGCCUCGAGCGUGACGAGGAGCCCCUCCAAAUCAUUGUCCGAACGGAGGUCGAUGCCGCCAUGAAGCACCCCACCGGUGGCCCCGACCAGCACCUGGUCAUCAAGGCCCUGAAUGAAUUCGACAGUAAGGCCCCCGGCUCUGGCGGUGCCCUUGACUGGCGCAGCAAGCUCGCUUCCCAGCGCGGUGCCGUCAUCGCCACCGAGAUGAAGAACAACUCCUCCAAGCUCGCUCGCUGGACCACCCAGGCCAUCCUGGCUAAGGCUGAUGCUAUCAAGCUCGGCUUCGUGUCGCGAGUGAACCCCCGCUCUGCUACCGGCCAUGUCGUGCUCGGCGUCAUGACCCAGAAGCCCCGCGAGUUCGCGACCCAGAUGAACUUGAACCUCGCCAACGGCUGGGGUAUCGUGCGUACUGUUGUUGACCGUAUCCGUGCUCUGGAUGCCGACGAGCCGGCCGAUGCUGUCAAGAAGUACGUCCUCAUCAAGGACCCCAACCGCUCUGUUCUGCGCCUAUACAGUGUCCCGGCCACUGCCUUCGAGGAGGACGAGGAGGCUGAGAUUGAGGAGAAGGCCGAGGAAGAGGAGGAAGACGAGUAG